UUUGAUCAUUACGUGUUUACAAGUCGGAGGGCUAAGAACACAGUUCCAACUGUUAUAAAGUUUAAGAAAAGGAGAAAGUUACGAGUUUACAGAAUGGGUGUCACGGAGCAACUUAUCAUGUUCGUUCUUGAACAGUUUACAUUCACCACAGCAGUUUUAUUUUUCACAUUUCUAUUUGUCAUCUACAUAACAAAAUAUUUCCUCUACCUUCGAUCUCUACCCCCUGGACCUACUGGGAUACCAAUUUUUGGUUCUUUGCUUAGUUUUAAGAAACCGUUCCACCUGCAGAUGUACGAUUUUGCCCAACAGUAUGGAAAACUGAUGAGUGUCAGGAUGGGAUCACAGUUGGUUGUUGUAAUCAACGAUGUUAAUUUACUCAAGAAAGCUUUUUCUCAACACGAAUUUACGGCUAGACCAAAAUCUGUUCUAGACUCCAUCUGCCAAGGAUAUGGUUUAAUUACCUCAGACGGAGCGCUUUGGAAGUCUCAGCGAAGUUUUAUUCACAAGCACAAGUUUGGUUUAAAAUUCUGGGGUAACAUUGGAGAUCAAAUGGAACAGAGAGUUUCACAUGAGGUCCUUUGUUGUCUUACAGCAAUCCACAAUGGAUCAAAAUACACUGAGGAUGUGGGAACCAAAAAUCUAGGAAUUGAUCCCUCUGCAUAUUUAUCCUGCUCCAUUAGCAAUGUUAUCUGUUCCAUUAUCAUGAGUACUAGGUUUAAGCAUGGAGAAGAGAGAUUUAAACAGUUUAUACAAUUCUUUGACGAGGGCUUCCGAUUGUUUAAACUGACGGGAGUUAUGAUGUUUCUUCCGUUCAUAAAAAUGUUCCCAGCUAUGUCGGAGGUGUGUAACAAGCUGAAAAAAAAUAGAGAAGAACUUUUAAACUUUGUCGCUGAAAUAAUUGAAGAGCAUAAGAGAAGUCUUGACUCUAAGUCUCCCAGAGACCUAGUGGAUUCUUAUCUACUGGAGAUUGAGAAAACAAGAGAAAACGGGACUACAGAAGAGGUUUUCCAGUCUAAGGAACCUGAAGUUCAACUCCAACAGGUUCUUGUUGAUCUUUUCUCUGCCGGGUUUGAAACUGUCAAGACUACUUUGCUUUGGACGAUUAUCCACAUGCUCCGGAACCCGGAGAUCAAAAGAAAAGUUCAGGAAGAAUUGGAGAGGGUUGUUGGCGGGAACAGACUGCCAUGUCUUGAUGAUAUGUCUCGAUUAAACUACUCUAGAGCUUGCAUUUACGAAUCCAUGAGAAGAUCGCUUGCAGUUCCUUUGGGAACCACUCAUUCAAAUACCAGGCCUGUCUCGUUAGAAGGACACACCAUCCCUGAGAACAGCCACGUAGUUCCCAACCUUUACGCUAUCCACAUGGACCCUGAGGCCUGGGAGAACCCAGAGGAGUACAACCCGGAAAGGUUUCUUGACUCAGAGGGGAACCUUGUAAAGCCAAAGCAGUUUAUCCCAUUCGGCACAGGACAAAGGAUGUGCCUAGGUGAUAAAUUGGCAGAAACUGAACUUCAGCUUUUUUUUACAUCCAUACUUCAUGUUUUCGACAUUGAAGCAAUCGGAGAUGUUCCAUCUCUCGAUGGGAACCUCGGUGCAACGCUCACCCCGAAUCAGUUCAAUGUAAAUUUUGUGGAAAGGAAUCUCGAUGCUUUAAUAUCUGCCAACACUAAAGCUAAACCUACUUAUUCUCAAUUUAUGAGAACUUAUGGCUAAUUUAUUGCACUAUAGUUUUUACAAAUAAUUAUUUGAAUGAGCCUUGAACGGACUGUAGACUUAAUUUAGAGUGACUCUUAUUUAUAAAAUAUCCUGUCAGAUUCACUAAUGAUUUAUCAUAUGAUUUAAACAAUUGUCUGGACAAAAAUGAUUGAGUUAUCCUUGGCUUUAUAUAUGAAAAUCUUAAAUUGUUUUCUUUCUUUAUUAUAUGAAUCGGGCAUAAAACGCUUUAUGCUGAGGGUCCCUUUAAAUUUGGUGGAUGGCCCUUUUCGGUCAUUCCAAGACAUCUAGUCAAAGUAUUGUACAAACUUAGUUGUGUAAAGUUUAACCCUGUUAUGUACAACAAUGGUAUUAUUACACACUGAAUGAAGGAGCUUAAAUCUUACAAGAAUAUUCUUUCUGUUUUAAAACAUCCCUUAAAGUAUUAAUAAAGUAUACAUCUUAUUUUA